AUGUCAUUAACAAAGCUUACGUCUGAGUUAUAUCAGUUGUUUGAUCAGGAAAAGUAUAGUCAGUGUCAAAAGAUUUUGCCGCCAAUCAAGGUAGAGUUGAUCAAGCACAACUUACUUGUUCCAACACCAGAGACCACUAAGACCAAAGAUCAAUUAAAUGACUUGAAGAUUGCACAACGUAUAUUAGAAAUAGGUACCUUAUCAUCGUUAUUAGCUAAUAACUAUCAGGGGUUCGAGAACUACUUCGGUCAAUUGCGCCCUUUUUAUGCUGACGAAAGCUUACAUUCAAAACUAGAGGUUAAUACAGACACAACCAAGAUCAUUUCAUUAUAUUUGAUCUAUUUAUUGUCUCAAGGGUUGAUUUCCAAGUUUUAUGUUGAAUUAGAAUUGAUCUACAACUCUGACAAAUAUAAUAUCGAUAAGGAUAAAUACUUACAAUUCCCAAUCGACUUGGGAAAGAGCUUGAUGGAAGGCACGUAUAACAAAAUAUGGAAGUUGUUGAAGGAAGAGAAGAAUUUGCCUUGUAAGGAAUACAACCAUUUCAUUGAUACGCUUAAUAAUGCAUUGAGAUACGAAAUCGCUAAAUCGAUAGAAAAGACAUAUGAUUCAAUUCCCAUAAAUAACUGCAAGAAUCUUCUUUACUUUCCUCAGGAGCAAUCAGAUGCUGUUUUCGAAAGAAUAUUGAAAGAGGAACUUCAGGUGGAAAACUGGAAAUUCGAAAAUGGAAGGAUUACAUUCAUCAAGGGUGAAUCUGAUUUGAGUUCUGAUAAUUCAAAUGUAAUUGCUAAUGUAUUGAAUUAUGCUGAGAUGAUUGAAUCGAUUAUUUAA